UUGAACUGUUUGCUCAAAGCUCAGGGACACUGCGUAGGACAGAACCCCUCUCAGAGAAAUUGCUGAAAAUGGCAGAGUCUGGCCGGCGUUUCAGUGGAGAGGCCUGGGGCAGCAGGGACCAGCUCUUCCAGGAGAUGGGAACAGCCUUCGUGCAGAGGCAGCAGCUGAGGGCCGAACUGGCCACCAGCUUCCUGGAGCACCUCUGCCUGCUGGACAUCGACUCCGAGCCCACCAGCGCCCGCAACACCAGCAUCAUCUGCACCAUUGGGCCAGCAUCCCAGUCGGUGGAAACUCUGAAGGAGAUGGUGAAAGCUGGCAUGAAUAUCGCUCGCCUCAACUUCUCCCAUGGGACGCACCAGUACCAUGCCACCACUGUUAACAACCUACGACAGGCUCUGGAGAGCUUCUCCUCAAGUCCCUUGUACCACAGGACGGUGGGCAUCGCCCUCGACACCAAGGGACCUGAAAUUCGUACUGGACUCGUCAGAGGGAGCGAGUCGGGGCAGGUGGAGCUGGUGAAGGGGUCGGAGGUCACAGUCACCACUGACAGCAGCUUCGAGGAAAAAUGUGACGAGAGCAUUAUCUUCGUGGACUACGCCAACCUCCCACAGGUGGUUAGUGUCGGAGGGAAGAUCUUCCUGGAUGAUGGGCUCAUCUCGCUGUUCAUCAAGGAGAUCGGGCCAGGUCAGUGCUUGACGGAGGUGGAGAACGGAGGGGUUCUGUGCAGCCGGAAGGGGGUGAACCUGCCCGGGGCGGCCCUUGACCUUCCGGCCAUCUCUGAGCGCGAUGCCCGUGACCUGCGCUUCGGUCUGGAGCUUGGGAUCGAUAUGGUCUUCGCUUCCUUUGUCCAGAGGGCAGAGGAUGUCCGGAUCAUCCGCCAGAUCCUUGGGGAGGAGGGCAAAGACAUCAAGAUCAUCAGCAAGAUCGAGAAUCACGAAGGAGUGCGGCAGUUUGACGAGAUUCUGGAAGUCAGUGACGGGAUCAUGGUUGCUCGGGGCGACCUGGGGAUCGAGAUCCCACCGGAGAAGGUCUUUCUGGCUCAAAAAAUGAUGAUUGGCCGAUGUAACUACGCUGGAAAACCAGUCAUCUGUGCCACGCAGAUGUUGGAGAGUAUGGUGCAGAGACCUCGAGCCACCCGUGCAGAGAGCAGUGAUGUGGCCAAUGCCGUUCUGGAUGGUGCAGACUGCAUUAUGCUGUCCGCUGAGACUGCCAAGGGUGCCUACCCCGUGGAGGCCGUCCGCACGCAGCAUGCGAUCGCACGAGAGGCCGAAGCUGCUGUUUUUCACCAGCAGCUGUUUGAGGAGCUCCGGAGGUCGAUGCCCCUGACCCGUGACCCCGCUGAGGUCACAGCCAUUGGUGCAGUUGAGGCUUCCUUCAAAUCAUGUGCUGGGGCCAUCGUGGUGCUGACCAGGUCUGGCAGGACGGCCCGGCUGGUGUCAAAGUACAGACCUCGAGCACCCAUUAUUGCCGUCACCAGAUGUGAACGAGUGUCCCGGCAAGCUCACCUGCACCGUGGGAUCUUCCCUGUCCUGUACCGUCAGGAGAACCAGCUGUGGGCUGAGGAUGUUGACCAAAGGGUCAACCUGGCCAUUCGCAUAGCUAAAGCCCGGGAGUUUGUGCAGGUUGGAGACGUGGUCAUUGUUGUCACAGGCUGGCGGCCUGGCCCAGGGGCUACCAACAUCAUGAGGGUUGUACCCGUACACUAAGGGCAGUGACUGUACUCUGACCUGACAUUCUCUCACUUCUUCGGAAGGCAGGAUUCAAAAUCCGCUGGUAACAUGAAUAAAACACU